GUGUUCAUCGUAAACUGGAUAAAGAGAUUAGACUAAAUGAAAGAACUGGCAGCAAGAAAACCAGUAGUAUUACUCCAGAGUAUAUGAACUCCGAUCAUGAAGAUAUCUCAAAACAAAGAAGGGAAUUUCAAUCCUCAAAAUAAACAAGAGUUAGACCAGUUGUCUUCCAUUUUCAAGAACACUAGGGAUCGUAAGGCUUCUAGAUCUUCGAAGGUAUCCAGAUUAUCAAGAGCUGAGAAAAAUAAUAGAGGUCCAAGGUUGUCCAAUCGGUCAGUAGCCCAAGGAGACGUUUUCAGUCAAAAAGAUUUAAAGAUUGUUGACAAAAUUGUUUCAUUGCUAAAGCAGAAAGCCACAAAACUGUCGAAACAAAACUCCCAAGAUGAUCCUAAGCUGUCAGAGAAACUGAAAUUACUCGGAAAAAUUAUUCAGAAUGUUACUAAGUGCAAAAAGUUUAUCAACAAGAAGAAGAGCCAUAAGCUUGAGCAGGAGAUUGACAACCUCGUCCCGAGUGUCAAAUAAAGAGUUGAAGAUAUUCAAAAAGGACUUUGCAAAAGAAAUUAAGGCUAUUCAUCGCCUAAAAUAUCAACAAAAAGAACCGAACAAUUUCUCAUUAUAUAAAUUGAGACCUGAAAUUCAAGAGAUGAUAAAGAAUGCUUUUCAGGAGAAAUAAUCGUAAAAAGGGAUCAAAAAGAGCAACAACACGAUAUAAGAAAGUUAGAAAUAAGAACAAUGAUAUAGACAGAUAUUCUAUUUGAGUAUCUAGAUGUCCUGAUGAUGAGGUCCCUGAAGAAACUCUUUCACCAUUGAAAGUUAUUACAGAAAAGAAGCUUUCUGGACUGGAUCUUAAGAAAGUGUACAGCAAUAAAAAUUCAGCGAAGGAUAAUAGCAAUAUUUUGGCAAAGAAAAAGGGAAGGGAGUCAAUUUUUACUCCUAACAGAAGGACAAUCAAGAACAAUGAUUUAAGAAGUAUAAACAAUAGAACUGUAGCAAAGCCUAAAAUGUUUUACCCAAAAUCUCCUCCAAAUGAAUCUGCCGUGGGGAGUGAUGAUAACAAGGAUAAGCUAAAAAGGCCAAAAAGACGGGGAAGAAUCAGAUUGUUUAGCAAUCAAGAAAGAAUCAAAAAGAGAAUGAGCAAAAUUGGCAAAGAAUCCACCAUUAAUCAGAUUACUAAAUAACAUCGAACGCUUGACAAGUGCAGUACAGUAUAGUAAAGAGAAAUGAAAAUCAAAGAUAAAGAAUAGAAGCAGUAUAGUCUCUAAUAGAAGAGAAAAAUAGCCGGAACAGAGUCCCUGAUACUAUGAGCUUAAAUCCAGCUUCCCACAAAGAUCGGCGUUAUCUUCGGAUCAUUAAAGAGCGAAUCAAAACCAAGAAAAUAUCGAGCUCUGGCUUAGAUUUUAGAGAGAAGCAUAAGAAUUCUAUUAAGAGUCCAUUUGUGAAAAGGAAGACAAAGAAGUCAAUAAAUAUGGGAAAUACAAUGUUUCAAACUAAUAAUUAUAAUCUGCCUCAGCUGAAUUCAACCUCUCCUCAAGGAAAUACUCAGCAAAUUGGAGGAAUGAAUAGCCCCCCUAUAUUAGAGAGCCCAAUGGAAAACCAAUUAUUCAGGAAUAGAUUUAGAGUAAAAUCCCCUGAGAUCAGAGUAAAUUCGCCUCAAGAAGCGAGAAAGAGGUCUAGGAUAGGAAGUAUACGCUCUCCCUUAGUCAAACCUACUCGGAGGGCCCGGAACAAGUUUUCAACAACAAGACAAAUGGCAAAAGUAAGGAAUCUAAAGCAAAAGAACCAGAGAUUCUCCAAAAUAUACACUAAAACAAUAGCUUUUAAUAAAUAACCAAGUUUUAA